AUGGCAGGCCCGAAGCCCAGCAUUGAAACAGACCCUGAAAUUGAGCUUUUCGUGAAGGCUGGAAGUGAUGGGGAGAGUAUUGGAAACUGUCCCUUUUGCCAACGCCUUUUUAUGAUCCUCUGGCUUAAAGGAGUUAAAUUCAAUGUGACUACUGUUGACAUGACCAGAAAGCCCGAAGAGCUGAAGGACUUAGCUCCAGGUAUCAAUCCUCCCUUCCUGGUGUAUAACAAGGAGUUGAAAACAGACUUCAUUAAAAUUGAGGAGUUUCUAGAGCAGACACUGGCUCCUCCAAGGUAUCCUCACCUGAGUCCCAAGAACAAGGAGUCCUUUGAUGUGGGCUGUAACCUCUUUGCCAAGUUUUCUGCAUACAUUAAGAAUACACAAAAGGAGGCAAAUAAGAAUUUUGAAAAAUCUAUGCUCAGAGAAUUCAAGCGUCUGGAUGACUACUUAAACACCCCACUUCUGGAUGAAAUUGAUCCAGACACUGCUGAGGAACUCACAGUUUCCAGAAGAUUGUUCUUGGAUGGAGAUCAGCUGACACUGGCUGACUGCAGCUUGUUACCCAAACUGAACAUUAUUAAAGUUGCUGCCAAGAAAUACCGUGACUUUGACAUUCCAGCAGAAUUCUCAGGCGUCUGGCGCUAUCUACACAAUGCCUAUGCCCGUGAAGAAUUUACCCACACAUGUCCUGAAGACAAAGAAAUUGAAAAUACCUAUGCAAAUGUGGCUAAACAGAAGAGUUAGGACAGCUCUUUUGGUAGAAAAAGCUCUCUUUUCACUUGUUAUCAUAUUAGAAAGGUUUUUGGAAAUAAGAAUAUGGGAAACAUUGUUUCCUCUAUCCAACUCUAUUAUGAAAGAGAGCACUAUAUUAUCUGUAUCUAGUUAGUCAAAACUAUCUGCCCACUGUGUAUUUUAAAAGUCUUAAUAUUGUCACUUCAU